AUGAAGCGAUCAUUGAAACAGAAAAAACAAUCUAAAAGCUCUAAGAAUUCUGAUGAUAUUACUGAGCCUCAUGCAAAACUCUUACUGGAACGUUUCCCAUAUUCUAUUAAAGACCUUCAAUUUAGAGAAGUUCCGACUAUGCAAGUGAACUAAGACUUUUUUUUGGAUCCCUUUAAGACAAUAGAACAUCUUUAUGCCAAAGGCUAUGAGAAAUUUGGCAUAGUGAAAUUGCUUUUGCCUCCUGAGUUAAUAGUUCCGGAGAAAAAGUUCUUUAGUGAUUUGGAGUUGAAGUUGAAGGGAAAGAGAGUGGAGACAAGAGUUUAGACUUUGAAUUCGCUAUAAGCAGGAGAAAUAUUUGGUUCGAAUACUGUUGGAUUCACAUUACAAGAGUAUAUGAGCUACGCUAACAAAUUCGAAUGUAGUCACAAGUUAUAGGGAGUAAGGGAAGUUUCGAAUCAAAUCAGGUAGAAUGAGAUAGAAUUCUGGUCGAUAGUGGACUUCCCAGAGAGGUACGAUGAAGUUGAGGUGGAGUAUGCAGCUGAUUUGUUGGCAACCAAGUAUGCCACCGGUUUCUAAGAUGGACAGUUGGGAAAUUUGAGUAGCAUAAACAAGAAUAGCAAUUCUAUCUUCUAAGUUCUCCAAGAGAAGAGUGAGAUGAGUGGAAUUUCAGUGCCUUGGCUGUACUUGGGAAUGAAGUAUGCUAACUUCUGUUGGCAUAAGGAAGACUUGAAUUUAAAUUCCUUAAACUACAUGCAUGCUGGAGCUCCAAAAACAUGGUAUGCGAUCCCUCCAUCUCAUAGUGAAAAGUUUUUACAAUAUUUCAAUAAGAAGUAUGAGAAAGAAAGAAUACAUAACCCUCGUCUCUUGUAUGACAUAGUAUGUCAGAUUUCGCCUAUCGAAUUGGCUGAGCAAUAAAUUACAGUUAUCAGGACAGAACAGCACCCUGGUGAACUUAUUAUCACUUUAGGUGCUACCUAUCAUGCAGGAUUCUCACAUGGAUUCAAUUGCAGCGAGGCAGUCAACAUUGCUCCUUCACAAUGGCUUGAUGAAUAUGAUCGUGCUUCAGCUGAGUAUCGUAUGGAUGGCAACUUAAAAAAAGUAAUCUUUGAUUUAAAUUGUCUCAGAUUAGUUUUCCCUUGGAAUGGCUACUAACCAAGGUUGCCCUUAUGGCAGAUCAAGUCAAGUUUACUAAAUAAUCAUGGAUCAAGGUAUGUUUAUUUGUGCUUACUUUUUCAGUUAUAUGACAAAUUUAAAAUGAUGAUCCGGACUGAAAUUGAUAGUCGAAACAGCAUCCUAGCUCUCUACGAAUAGGUUAAGACUGUAGAAUUUGCAAAUAAAUUAGAGAAGUAUGAUCGGAAUGUCUGCAAAAUCUGUUCAAAUUAUAUGUUCUCUAGUUAUAUUUUCUGUGGAAAGUGUUUAAAAAAGGGAUGCAUUGCUCAUCAAAGUGUUUGUGCGUGUUCGAAUCCCAAGAUUUCCCUCUAUAUUCGAUACAAUAGUGAGGAAUUAUAAACAAUGCUUACAACCUUAGAAUCAAAGGCCAAUUCCAAAACGGGGUUGUGA